AUGAAGAAAAUGUUUCAACAAGAUAAAGAUGAUGGUUGUACAGUCCCAUGGGGUCCAAAACCUUGGCCAAUUGUUGGAAAUUUGAUUUCAUUGGGUAGACGCCCGUAUGAAACAAUAUAUAAAUGGUCAAAAAAUCCGUUAUAUGGUCCAAUAUUUAAACUUCGUUUUGGUUCACAAACCGUUGUUUGUUUAAAUUCAACAAAACUUAUUCGUGAAGCUUUACAUGAGAAUGCUGAAAUAUUUGCUGGACGACCCUAUUUAUAUAUGAUUAAUGAAACGCUUCAUGGAAAAGGUAUCAUAUCAGCACCUUAUGGAAAAGAUUUUAAUGAACAUAAAACAUUUCUAGUUAGAAAUUUAAAUCGUUUUGGUCGACGACGUUCAAGUUUAGAAAAUGCUUGUUUGGAAGAAGUAAAAAUUGUAGCGGAAAAAAUACGUGAUCAACAUCAAACAAAAUCCUUCUCAAUGGGUCAAUUCUUAAGUGAAAUUAGUUGUAACAAUAUUUGUACAAUUACAAUGGGUCGCUAUUUUGAUUCAGCUAAAAUCGGCCGAUUUUUGGGUAAAAUCAAUGAAAAUUUUAAUCAAACUGCUACGAUUGCUAGUUUCAAUUUUUUACCAUUUACACGAUGGUUUCAAAAAAAAUUAUUUCAGAAUGUCGCUGAUUGUGCACAAUUUGUUCAAACAUUGAUCAAAGAACGCGAAACAGAUUUUGAUGAGCAAUCUAUUACCAAUAUUGUUGAUUCCUACAUUGAUAAUUUGAAGAAACAAAAGAUACAAUCAUUUUCUAAGGAAAAUUUAGAUUCAUUAGUACAAGAUUUAUUUGUGGCUGGUACAGAAACCGUAUCCAAUACAUUGAACUGGGCCAUAUUUUAUGUUACAGUACAUUCUGAUAUUCAACAAAAAAUUCAAAAUGAAAUUGAUAAAGUGAUUGGCAAAGAGAGAUAUCCAUGCAUUAAAGAUCGAAUGAAAAUGCCGUAUACAGAAGCGGCAAUAUUGGAAACAAUGAGGUGUCAAUGUGCUGGUCCAAUACUACUUCCUCGUUCAACAACACAAGAUAUUUUAUUUUGCAAUUAUUAUAUACCAAAAGACACAUUUAUUCUUGUUAAUAUGUGGUCCGUUAUGAAAGAUGAAACAUAUUGGAAUGAACCAAAUGCCUUCGAACCCAGGAGAUUUUUGAAUGAUAAACAACAAAUACAAAAUAAUCAUAUAGCCAUGAUGCCAUUUAGUGUGGGUAAACGUGCAUGUGUCGGAGAAGCAAUUGCGAAAACACAAUUAUUUUUAGUAUUUACAAGUUUAUUACAACGAUUUGAAUUUCGUUUUAUGGAUGAUUGGAAACCAAAAGAUUUACAAGGUGAACCAGGUAUUACAUUGAGACCACCCGAUUGUAAAUAUAUGGCUCGUGUAAGGUAG